AUCAGUCCACACAUUGUACGAGAUUUUUCUGCCUUGAGUAACUACUGGGUGUGUUGGUUGCAAGUUAUCCUCUAGUAGUGCUUAGUACCUACACGACCUCUUUUGUUGAUAGGAGCUUUACUGAUCUACCUAGCACCUUGUUCCGGUGCACGAGCAUGUCAUCGACGUCGGCGAAGAACAAAUGGAGCCGCGUCGAAGUAAGGGAAGACAGAAAAGCGCGCUUCUCUUGUUGAAGCUCGUCGUUGGCUCCUCCUUGACCACAAGGACGAGAGAGGCAUACGCAGUUUCCCUCGAGCAGUAUACAACCAACCAUGGUGCUGCAAGUUCUGCAGAAAAUGUAGAGUUUGUAGAGUUAAGGUUCAGAGGCUCAGGUUCAUUUCAAUAAUCCUCCAUCAUCCAGCACCACUCAGAAUAGGGAAGAUACGGCAUGAUGAGGGAUCAAUGUUAGGAUUAGUCAACUCUAAUUAUAGGAGAAGGGGAGGCGCAUGUGGCUGUCGAGCCCGCUGCGGAAGCAGAAUGGCAACCACGAAAUACUACUUUAUGUACAAGAACCUCAGUACGACAGCCUAUGCUCCUCUACCAUUUUUCAAGCUUAACUUUAAUCAUCCUCCACACCUCCUCCUCGUCCCCUUCUGCAGCUUCUCGGUCAGACUCGCCACAAGAAUAUUGGAUACACCAACACUCUCACUACUUUUACUACCAUGAUAUGAUGAUCCGAAGAUCCCAAAAGUCUGAAGGGCUUGCUACUCCAAUAGUAUCAGUAGUGUACACGAUCCGACUACUAGCACUAGUAGGGUUAAUGGUCCACUACUAGCACUUUUAGUAGCGACAACUGUCACAUGAAAUAACGCGAAUUUGAUAGCAACAGCUACCACAUCUAAUAUGGUUACUGCAAACGAGCGAGACCACCACAACACCUGGCCCGCCUGGGACGAGCACAAGCACAACAACGGCAAGUCCGCCACCAAUAGUUAUGAUGUCGAGGAUGUUCUACUGUUGUGAGGUGAAGUCGUGAGUUGAGUUGAUCUUGAUGAUCAUCGUGUAGAUCUUCAUGUUCGUAAUGUCUUCAAAGCCAAAUACGUCGCGAAAAUCAAAAGAAGUAGCUUCCGCAAAAAAAGCAAGAUGCCUAAAAUAUUUGAACAAAUUCUGGCAUUAUUAUCUUUUUCCUCUACGUCUCAGGUCUCACUCCUUAGCAGCCAUCUUCUUGCACCUCUUCAUGUCUUCAGUCUUUCUCUUCUAUCUUCUCCUCCUUAAAUGACCUUAUACUUUCUUUUCUAUCUUCUUCUUCUCCACCUUCGCUAAUCCCCGCGGCGCAACCUGUGCUACGUCCAAGUUUGGCGGUACAAGGUGCGACGAAGAAGACAACCGCGAAGACUAUCAGAUCGGUUUUCUGAAUACAACGGAUUAUGAUGGCGCUGUUGUCGCGGGACACAACGAAACUCUCCGAAGGAUAAGCUGCGAGGAAGCUUGUACUUUUUGCCUUUACAAGUAGUAGUUCUCUUUAUCAUAAUUAAACUUAGAGGUCUUUACAAGUCGUGGAGCUGGAGGUAUAACUAUAAACAAGCGGAUCUAACACAAUUUUCCAGAUUUCUUUACCAGGUAUCAACAGGCAAUCGGUAUUCGGAUGCGAGGCCUUUCAGAUGGAAAAAGCACGCGGUAUAUGCAAGCUAUUCAAGAUGUCGCUGAGUGAAUUGUUAAGGCCAACAAGAAUGACGACGAUGAUGAUUUAUUCUGCUUCUAGUAUGAGUCCUACCUACGAUGUCCAUCUUCAAACUAGAUCUUCACCUAGAUCUACAAGUUGAAUGUUGACAUCGCGAUUAUAGGCACACACAUUCAACACUUCACCAUUAUCCUGUAUCUCAUCCACAUCCACAUCCACAUCCACAUCCACGUCCUCAUCCGCUCACCCACCCAGCCAUCAUCAGCCUCCUGACUCUCAUCGCGCUUAUUUUCUUUUUCUAACAUUCUAUACCGAAAAUCGGUGCAGUCUAGACGCUGGGUUUGAUACCUUCAACAUCCCAAUUUCCGGUGCGUGCCCCAUUGUCAACGAAGAUCCAGCUUCGGGGAGUAAUACGUGAGCAAGUUGUAGUAGGAAAAUGGGCUACAACAACUUUGUUGUACAACACAUAGUGACAAUAGAAGAAAACUGAAGAAAAAAACUCGCAACAUGAUAAAGAGUGAUUUUCAUAGUGAUUUCUGUAAACUGUGUGAGUCAAGAACUACAAACCCAGUCAGCACUCUCCAAAAACCUCAAGAAUCUCAAAUUCGUAGACGCAACUCUUCCUAUCGUCCUAUCCUCUCUCAUUAUCAACCGUUUUUUUGUUUCAAAAAUUUAGUCAAGUCAUCUACAUGAGUUAUGAAUUGCAGCACCACGAGGAGGGGAAUUCUCGGUUUAUGUGGUUGGAUAGGAAAGAAACUCCGUCCCAUGGAUGACAUCCAGAUUCGCAGGGCUGCACAGCUUUACUGGAAACAAUGCAUAUCGAGAAAUUCCACAGCGACUACAUUGAAAUCAAAGAAAUAUAACGAAUGUAGUUUUUUUGACAUGAUAAUUCAACUAAAAAUCUUCAACACUGGCUGCUGUUGGCGAGGUCGAUCCUUGUUUGCCUUGUCGUGGUUUGCUAUUUCAUUUCUCAGAGAACUCUGUGUCUUCACUUAUCCACAUCUUGUUACAUAUAAGUGCAACGUGAAAAAAUUUCAAUACCGACUAGUUUGAUUUUAGUCUGGCUCACAAAUAGAAAUUAUUUCGUACUAAGAACGAUAUGAAGGUCGUCCUGUUGUUGUUCUCACGAUACACACCUUGAAAUGAAUCAGAGCAAUUGUUCUCCUCUGGCGUCGUCGUGGUUGUUGUAGAAGAGAAUCUGCCAAAAAGAAAAAGGAAACCGCAUAAAGUUGAGGUUGGUGUAGAAUUCAAACGCGAGAGCGAAGCAUGAGAG